CGCGCCGCUCCGCGCACCGGGAGGGGCCGGGGCUGAGCGCGGCCCCGCCGCGGGGGGAGCGCUGAAGGACGCGCCGGCGGCGCCCGCCCCGGUUGCCAGGGAGAAAAGAAAAGGGAUUUUUUUCUGAGCUGUGAAGAAAUUAGAAACUGAUUGAUAGAGCCUUCAUUCGAGAUUUUCCUGUGAAAAGAAAACCGUGUUGACGCCAAUGAUAUAAGACACACAGAAUCCUGAAUAAACAAAGAGAAGAGAGCUAAGCAGUCUGUAUUGUGAAUACAGCUUCCACAGGGGUUAAAAUGGUGAGUGAAAGUCAUCAUGAGGCCCUGGCAGCACCGCCAGCUACCACAGUAGCAGCAGCUCCACCAAGUAAUGUCACUGAACCAGCCAGUCCCGGAGGAGGGGGAGGAAAAGAAGAUGCAUUUUCUAAAUUAAAACAGAAGUUCAUGAAUGAACUGAACAAAAUUCCACUGCCACCUUGGGCCUUAAUAGCCAUAGCCAUAGUUGCAGUCCUAUUAAUCCUUACCUGCUGCUUUUGUCUCUGUAAGAAAUGCUUGUUCAAAAAGAAGAACAAGAAGAAGGGAAAGGAGAAGGGAGGGAAGAAUGCUAUUAACAUGAAAGAUGUUAAAGAUUUAGGGAAAACCAUGAAAGACCAGGCUCUUAAGGAUGAUGAUGCUGAGACUGGGCUGACUGAUGGGGAAGAGAAAGAAGAACCCAAAGAAGUGGAGAAACUAGGGAAAAUCCAAUAUUCUUUGGAUUAUGACUUCCAGAACAAUCAGCUUCUGGUUGGGAUUAUUCAAGCAGCUGAGCUGCCUGCAUUAGAUAUGGGUGGUACAUCUGAUCCCUAUGUGAAAGUGUUUCUGCUGCCUGAUAAGAAGAAGAAAUAUGAGACAAAAGUCCACAGAAAGACCCUCAACCCUGUUUUCAAUGAGCAAUUUACAUUCAAGGUGCCAUACUCGGAGCUGGGUGGAAAAACUUUAGUGAUGGCAGUUUAUGACUUUGAUCGUUUCUCCAAACAUGAUAUCAUAGGGGAAUAUAAGGUUGCAAUGAACACGGUGGACUUCGGUCAUGUGACUGAGGAGUGGAGGGACUUGCAAAGUGCAGAGAAAGAAGAGCAAGAAAAGCUGGGUGAUAUCUGCUUCUCCCUGCGCUAUGUGCCUACUGCUGGCAAACUGACUGUUGUCAUUCUGGAGGCGAAGAACCUGAAGAAGAUGGAUGUCGGUGGACUGUCAGAUCCCUAUGUGAAAAUCCAUCUGAUGCAGAAUGGUAAGAGGCUGAAGAAGAAGAAGACCACAAUUAAAAAGAAUACUCUGAAUCCCUACUACAAUGAGUCUUUCAGCUUUGAAGUACCAUUCGAGCAAAUUCAGAAAGUGCAAAUUGUUGUGACUGUUUUGGACUAUGACAAGAUUGGCAAGAACGAUGCCAUCGGGAAAGUCUUUGUGGGCUACAACAGCACUGGAGCGGAGCUGCGGCAUUGGUCAGACAUGUUGGCCAACCCCAGGCGGCCCAUUGCACAGUGGCACACCUUGCAGCCUGAGGAGGAGGUAGAUGCCAUGCUGGCAGUCAAGAAGUAAAUUAAAUUAAAUUACAUUAAAUUAUGAAGAAGAAGAAGCCUUUCUGCAUUUGCCCACAUAGUGCUCUUUAGCCAGUAUCUGUAAAUACCUCAGUAAUAUGGGUCCUUUCAUUUCCAGCCAUGUGUUCCUGACACAGAUCAGUUGUACUUUUAAAUUCCUGUUUUAAUUUGCACAACUUUAAAUGUAGAGAGCCUUCUAAUGGCGUUUCAUUUCACCACUGCCCCCCCCAGAUCUACUCUUCUUUUAAGCAAUAUGAUGUGUAGAUAGAGCAUGACAGAAAUUAUUUAUUGUAUCACACAGUUGUAUAUAUACACCAGUAUGCUGAGAAUUUAUUUCUAGUUUGUGUAUUUGUAUGUUGUAAGCGUUCCUAAUCUGUGUAUAUCUAGAUGUUUUUAAUAAGAUGUUCUAUUUUAAAUUAUGUAAAUUGACUGAGAUAUAGAGAGAGCUGAUAAUAUAUUAUAGGGUAACUAUUGUAUCGUCUGCAUUCCAGAAAAAAAUUCCAACUUGUAAGGCACUAGUAGUGUUACACUAACAUCUUAAAGGACAACUUAAAUCUGAGCUUUCAACUGGACCAUUCUAAUAACACACUAUGCGUAAUCUUGGAGGGGCUCAUCCAAUUUGGUAGACUUCUUUCACGGGCAACUUAGCAUGAUCUGAGCAGUUCCAUGGCUGACCUCAAGGAGAUGUAGCCAGAAGCCAGGAUAUAAUUUUUUUGUAUAUAUUCCAAAGCAAACACAUAACAGACUGAAAUGGCUUUUGAUUGAAAGUGAGGAAGCAGUUCCAUAGGAGGCAAUGAUUUCAUCUAACAUACAAAGUAAGAACAUUGCAGAGGUUGUGCAGAGAGGGGGAAAGGGGAGGGGGGAGAUGCAGCGGUCAUGAAAUGCUGCCAUGAAAACAAGAGUAGCUCUCCGUUAUCACCUUUAUACAAAAUUUGCAUACUGUGAAUUCCAUCCACGAUUUCACAUUAUAAUGAGUUUGCACAUAGACUUUGUAACAAAAUAUUUAUUAUACUAACUCAGAUUAGAAGGAAUGCAGAAUAUUUUUUAGACACAGCCGUGUGAGUUUAUUAUACAAAAUAGUUUCAUGGUAAACAGACAGUAUUGUAAUCCCAUCAGAAGAUGACAAAAUUUAGCCAUAGUUCUAAAUGCACUUCAAAGUAAGCCAAAAGAGAACAGCUAGUGACCUUUUAUAUACUAUUUAUACUUAAGUUUUAAUUUGUCCUUUAAAAAAAAGUGAAAACAAAGAACAAGUUCUAGAAAACUGAAGCAACCUCUUCUGUAUACUAGAUGCUCGUUUCAGGAGGAGUUUUAAAUGUUUCAAUGUUAUUAUGUAGUAAAUGGCACUAUUAUGAAGCUAUUAGUCAUUCCAUAAGAGUCUUGAAAGACUGCUCUGUGUAUCACUGUGACUGCCGUGUGUGCUUAGAAAUGUAGUUUUCUCAGUGGAUAGCAAUCAAUUUAUUCCGUAGUGAUAUUGUAAUAAUACUGCCAUUCCCUUCUACUGCACUGCCGAAGGAAUGCAUAGCACAAGCAGUUCUAGUUAUUACGGACCAAUUUAGAACUGGAGAGCUAUGCAGGGGACAAGGAGGCUAUAUUGAAUGGGUUGACCACGCAGCAUUUUGUCAAGCCCUGUGCAAUAUUCCACAUUUCCAACCUCCUUCUCCCUCGCCCCCUGCCGCUUUACUGUAGAUAAUCAUCUUACAGCUAGCCAGCAUGUCAUCUCAGCUUGUACCAUCUCAUCAAGUCAGUUAGGGCAUCACUUCUAUCUCAUGUACCGUCCUUUGAGGCCUCUUGCUUAUCUUUCCAAGCUGUGAAUAUAUUUAUAAUGUUUUGAGAAGUUCAUUAUUUUCAGUCAUGCAAACUACCCCAGAAAUGCGGAAAUGCUAUACCUUUUGGAGGGAGGCAUGAGACAUUAAUCAGUGAUGUUCUUCUCAAUUGUAUCUAAAAGAAAUUAUUGUAAAAAAAAAAAAAAAAGAAAAAAAAUGAAUGUAAUCAGGGAACUGUGUGCUGAAAACGAAAUUCUUCACCCUCCCUCAAGACUCUGCUUCUGAGAGAGGUGUGACAGUCUGAGAGGUCAGUGCAGUGACAGCCAAGCUCCAACAUUUUCAGUGCAUGCGGAGGGUAAGAGAAGCAGCAAAGAAGUGGGAGGAGAGUAAAAUCUGGAUCUCUCCCCACCUC